AUGGAGGCUGCCAGAACCAGGGAGUCCAACCAGACGCUGGUGAUGGAGUUCGUGCUGCAGGGUUUCUCAGAGCACCCCGUGCUGCGGCUGCCACUGCUGGGCUGCUUCCUGGCACUCUAUGCCGUGGCUCUCAGCGGCAACGUUUUGAUCAUCACCAUUGUGGGCUGCAGCUCUGGCCUCCACAGCCCCAUGUACUUCUUCCUGUUCAACCUGGCCACCAUGGACAUUAUCUGCACCUCCACGAUCCUGCCCAAGGUGUUGGAGGGCCUGAUUGCACAGGAAAAUACCAUCUCCUAUGCAGGCUGCAUGGCCCAGCUCUUCUUUAUCCUCUGGUCCACAUCCUCUGAGCUGCUCCUGCUCUUGGUCAUGGCUUUAGACCGUUACGUAGCCAUCUGUCACCCACUGCACUAUGGCACCAUCAUGAGCCCAUGGGUGUGUGCAGCAUUGGCUGGGGGUGUGUGGAGUAUCUGUGCCUUGAAUGCCUCUGUCCACACUGGUUUGAUGGCACAGUUGACCUUCUGUGGCCCCAAUGUCAUCACGCACUUCUUCUGCGAGAUCCCCCCACUUCUGCUGCUCUCCUGCAGCCCCACAAAAGUGAACAGCAUUAUGACUGUUCUGGCCGACAGCUUCUAUGGCUUUGCCAACUUCCUACUCACUCUGGCCUCCUAUGGCUGCAUUGUGGCCAGCAUCCUGCGCAUCCGCUCUCGGGAGGGCAAGCGCCGAGCUUUCACCACCUGCUCCUCCCACCUCAUUGUUGUCUCUGUGUACUACACAGCUGUGUUCUGUGCCUACAUCAGCCCAGCCUCUAGCUAUAGCCCUGAGAGGAGCAAAGUGGCUGGAGUGCUGUAUACAAUGCUAAGCCCCACCCUGAACCCGCUCAUUUACACACUGCGGAAUACAGAAGUGCAGUGUGCCCUGGGCAAGCUUGUCACCUUAUGCCAAAGGUGA